AUGUAAAAAAGUGAAAAAUAUGCUCAUGGAGAUUCAUAUGAUAGAGAGUAUUUAAAUGGUGAUAGACAUGGAAAGGGUUAAUAUCAAUUGGCUAAUGGAAAUCAAUAUUAUGGAGAUUGGAAAAACGAUAAAAGAACUGGAGGGGGUAAAUUCCAAUAUGUUAGUGGAGAAUCAUAUGAUGGUGAGUAUUUAAAUGGUGAGAAACAUGGUAAGGGUGAAUAUAAAUGGGCUAGUGGAAGUAUAUUUAUGGAGAUUGGUAAAAUGAGAAAAGAACUGGAUGGGAUUAAUAAAAAUGAGAUAGGGUAAAUGGUAACAGACAUGUAUGGGGGAAUUUUAAUCUGCUAAAGGUGA